GUUCGCAUCUGUGGAGAAUCUUCAGAAGCGACCGGGAUACGAGCCAUCUAUCCUGGUAUUUGCCAGCAGUUGAGGAGUACAAGGAGCGAGAGCUCGCCCACUUGGGGCAGGCCACAUACCUGGACUAUGCUGGCGCUGCUCUGUACAGCCGUGCGCAGCUGUUGUCCGCUCAG